AUGAGAUCUCAAAUCAUCUCUGCUACAGCUUUGGUUGCUGCGGCAGUUGUGCAAGGCAAGACCUGUACAAAAUUUAGAUAUGAGUUUGUUCGCCUCAACAAGACCGAUGCUGCUCUCCUCGUUGUGGACCACCAGAUCGGUCUCUCAGCACUAGUCAGAGAUUAUGAACCAGCUGCUUACAGACAAAACAUCAUCGCUCACGCCGCUCUUGGGAAUCUGUUCAACUUGCCAACUAUCUUGACUACUUCUGCUGAGUCUGGGCCAAACGGUAGACUGCCAAAAGAGAUUACAGAUCUCCACCCAACCGCUCCAUUCAUCAAACGCAACGGCGAAGUCAACGCCUGGGAUAACCCCGAAUUCAAAGCCGCCGUCAAAGCCACCGGAAAGAAACAAAUUAUCCUCGCCGGCAUCGUCACCGAAGUUUGCACAGCCUUCCUCGCCCUCUCCCUCCGCGCCGAAGGCUACGAAGUCUUCGCCAACACCGACGCCUCGGGCACCUUCAACGACAAGCUCGCGGCCGACGCGAACCGGCGCAUGGAAGCCGCCGGCGUGCAUCUCAUGGGCAUGUUUGGCAUCGCGAUGGAUCUGAUGCGCGAUUGGAGGAAUACGCCGGGGAGUGCGGAGGUUUUGCCUUUUAUGGAUAAAUAUCUGGUUCCCUACUCGUUGGUUGCGAGGGCGCAUGGCGAUGCGAUUGAUAAUGGGACUAUUAUUCCGGGGGAGGCGCAGAUUUUGACGGUUUAG